AUGCUUCGCUCCACAAUCAGAAUCACUCUAUUGAAAUCUGCCAGAGGGAGACUGUCUUUGCAACUUAGGCGAUGUAAUUCAACUUCGAGGACAAGCGAUGAACAGCCAGCUUCCAACAGAACUGACAAUAAACUUGAUUUACAUCCAGCUAAUGAUAGCAACUCUCUAUAUGGUGCUUUGAAAGAUAUUUCUCCUGAAGAUAUACAGGGUCAACUGUCUAGUCUAUCAGCUUUUGGUGUUCUCGCCGACGCAGAAACUUAUGGGAUGUUAGUUCGUUCAGAAUCGCAAUCUAAUGUCGAGUCUCCAAAAAAGAUCAGAGUUAUUGAUCGUGAAGACUUGUUACAAGGAAAGUAUUCCUCUCAAGAUGGAGAGUCGGAGACUUUUGAAUCACGAUAUUUACCUCAAACAUUAAUGGGAAAGUUCAACUCUAACCAAGUACAGCUACCCCAUGAAAUUUCCAAAACCAUUAGAAACAAUAUUAUUAAAACUUACCCCCAUAUCAACGUUAUAAGACAGACUGCUGCCAAAAUGUUUAUAGAAAUGAGUGAAACUGGAUUACAUGUUAUUCCAAGAACCAGGCAUGAAGUGGAUACUCAUAUUGCAACGGUGUUUUUGCAGAACUACGCCUCUGCUUAUCAAGUUUUAUCGGAACUUAAAAGCAAGGUUGAACAAGACGGUAAAGAGUUCAAUCCUAUCAAAGUCCUAGAUGUAGGUUACGGGCCAUCUACUGGUAUAUUAGCAUUGAAUGAACUAUUGGGAGAUCAAUACUACCCAGAAGUCAAACAUUCCUUUAUUGUUGGAAACAGCAAGGGAGUGAAAGAAAUGAAGGAUAGGGCUAAAAUCUUGCUAAGUAGACAGCUUAAUGAGAUCGCUAUAGAUAAAUUAUCCCCUGAGCAGCAAAGGGAGUUAACCAAAGAAGAGUCAGUACCGGAAGAUGUUGAUGAAUAUGCAAAUGACGAAGAUUCAAAAUUCAACAAAAGAGAGAGGAAAAGAAGAGAAAGAUAUGCUGAUGAAGAAGAUAAUAUUGGACCAGUAGACACUAAUAGACUCAAGAUUCGCACCAAAUUUAUAGAUUCAAUCAGCAGCUCUCGUCGGUAUGAUUUGAUUAUUGCCACUCAUCAGCUCCUCAAAGAUUCCACUCGUUUCCCUUAUGGAAUUGAUGAUACUAUUCAAGAAUUGUUAUCAGUUUUGGAGCCUGAUGGACAUUUGCUAAUUAUUGAAAGAGGUAAUCCAUUAGGUUUUGAAUCUAUCGCUAGAGCCAGACAAAUCAUGAUCCGUCCUGAAAACUAUUCGCCUUACGAAUAUGGUAAGAUUCCAAGACCUUGGAUCCGUGGGUCUUCUAUCAAGCCUCAAAGAAACCAACACUUAUACGAAAUUUCUGAAGAAGAUUCAAAACUCAGCGAGCAAUUGAACGAAAAAUUUGGGGAAGUUCAAGAAGAGGAUCUAGAGUUUGGAAAAGGAAUUGCAGACAAUUUUGAUCUCGUUGAAAUCAAAACUGAUGGAUCGCUUCCUGCAGCCCACUCAGAUUUCUAUUUGUCUGUCGUUGCUCCAUAUCCUCAUCAUUUGAAAUGUCCUUUCCAGAUGCAUAAUCCAAAGUAUUAUGAUUAUCCUAAGGGCUCCAACUUAAAUUUCCUAACAUUUGGUGUUUCUGUUUCCAGACCUAAAUAUGCUCUAGAAUUCAAAAGCGGAUCAAUAUUAUCAGGAAAAUGGGAAAGUGAGAAGUCCGGUAAAGCUGCUAAGGGCGCUGUUGGUGCCGGUAGCGGAAGACCAAAUGGUAAGAACUAUGAAAGUGUGAACUUUAAUUACUUAGUUAUGAAAAGAUCCAGAAUGGACCGCAAGACCAUAUCUAAAAUUGAGGCUGAACGUGAUAGAGUCAAUGAAGUUACUGGGCGUAUUAAGGAAGCUGAAGAAUCUGGAGAUACAAAUUUGAAGCAAAAAAUUAUUGACUCUGAAUUGGAUCGCCUUGAUGAUAAAGUUUCUGGGGACUCUUCCCAGUGGGCCAGAAUUGUUAAGCCUCCAUUGAAGCGCAAAGGGCAUGUCAUUUUCCUUGUGAUUACCGUUGGAGGUAAUGUUGAAAAAUGGAUAGUUCCAAGAUCCAUGGGUAAGGACAUUUACCAUGAUGCUAGAAAAGCACAAAAAGGUGAUAGUUGGGCACAUGGUUGCAAAACCAAAAUAGUUUUAUUGGCUGGUGAUGAGGCAAAAGGUGUUAAAGGAAGUCAAUGGGAAAAAUAUCAUGAUUUAUUCAAGAGAUAUGAAAUGAUGGAGAAGAAGGAGAACAAGAGAUUGAAAAAAGAGGCUAGAUUAUCUGAAAAAAAGAAACAAGAUGAAUCGAGAAGAAAUGGACUGGAACAUUAUAUGAAGGAGCAUUAUGAGGAGUAA